AUAACAGAUGCCGGUCCACUGCCGUUUUACCCCAAAGAAGAAGAGCCGCUUCCUUUACUUCCCGGAAACACAAUCCUUCUUCAUUCACCAAGAUGGCGACAUUAAUAGUAAACCAGUCACCGCUCGGAGGUUUCAGUUUCGAAAACUGCAAGAGAAAUGCAGUUUUGGAAGGUGAAGCUAACAAAGUGGGAUGCAGCUUGCCUGCUGCCCGGAAAACAGGGACUACCAUCUGUGGUGUUGUCUUCAAGGAUGGCAUCGUCCUCGGAGCUGACACGAGAGCCACUGAGGGCAUGGUGGUGGCAGACAAGAACUGCUCCAAGAUCCACCACAUCUCUCCCAACAUUUACUGUUGUGGAGCAGGAACAGCUGCAGACACAGAGAUGACCACUCAGAUCAUCUCUUCCAACCUGGAGCUGCACUCCCUCUCCACAGGAAGGCUGCCACGUGUGGCAACCGCCAACCGCAUGCUCAAACAGAUGCUCUUCAGGUAUCAGGGUUACAUCGGGGCAGCUCUGGUUCUGGGUGGAGUAGACUGUAAUGGUCCUCACCUCUACAGCAUCUACCCUCACGGCUCCACUGACAAGCUGCCGUACGUCACCAUGGGCUCCGGCUCCCUGGCUGCCAUGGCCGUGUUUGAGGACCGCUACAAGCCUGACAUGGAGGAGGGAGACGCCAAGCGGCUCGUGCGAGACGCCGUCGCUGCAGGAAUCUUUAAUGACCUGGGCUCUGGCAGCAACAUUGACCUUUGUGUUAUCACUAAGGGCAACCUGGACUACCUCCGGCCCCAUGAUGAGGCCAACAAGAAGGGAGUAAAAACUGGUGACUACAAGUACAAAAGAGGAACCACUGGUGUGCUGACAAAGGUGGUGACCCCGCUGAACCUGGAGGUUGUGGAAGAAAGUGUACACACUAUGGAUACCUCUUAAAUUACUUACUAUGUGUUUCUUGAUGGGUUAGUGAGUUCACUAACUCUCAGAAUGCCUAACUCGAUGGCACGUUUUCCAUGAUUUACAAUAAAAGUGUUUGAGUUGA